AUUUUGAUUAACUAAAUAAACUAUAUAUAAGUUUAGUUUCUCACGAUGGGAUUCGGAAGGAAUAUGGACGGUUGCGGGAACUUUAUGAAGUAUAGUCUGUUCAUAGUCAACUUUAUAAUAUUUUUGGGUGGUGUGAUUGUUUUGGCUCUCGGUAUCUGGACGGCAGCGGAUAAAUCCUUUGCAAACGAAUUACUGGGGACCAAUCUGUACGCAGGCGCAACUUAUGUGCUUAUAGCGACCGGACUUUUGGUAACGUUUAUUUCAUGCUUGGGAUGCUACGGGUCCCUCAAGGAAAUUAAAUGUAUGCUGGUCAUAUACUUUAUUGUGUUGUUAAUCAUUUUUGUCACAAUGCUGGUUGGUGGAAUUUUGGGAUAUGUAUUCAGGGGUAAAGUUGAAAUUACUUUAAGGAAUGGCAUGACUGGAUCACUGAGGUUUUAUGGAAAUUAUAGGCCUGUAACUGAGGCUUGGGAUGAGACUCAAACAAGAUUGGAAUGUUGCGGAAUCGAUAGUCCCCAGGAUUGGAAGGGUAACAUGCCCGAAUCCUGCUGCAAACUUGUCCUGGGAAGACGUCAAAACUGCCGUUUCCUUGGUGAAAACAACAAUCACUUUACCAGUUUUCAACGAGGCUGCUACGAUGUUACCGUCCAAUACGUCAAAUCUAAUGCCGUAAUAAUCGGUACUGCAGGAAUAGUGGUUUCCUGCAUGAUGCUUUUGGGUAUGAUUUUUUCCUGUGCUCUAUUUAAAAUGAUAGAAUGAGGUAAUUUAGACGUCUGUUCUUCUUUGAAGGAGUUGUUUGUUUAGUACAAAGCACGUACACAGUGUUAGUGUGUGGCCAUGUGUAUGCGGGAAUGUUUUAUUUGUAUUUUUUUUUUACUUUAAACUAUAUUUUAAGAUUUUCUUUACGUGUUAGUUUUAAGUUAUAUGUCGUCUAUUUAUACUUCAGUAAAAAAUAAAAGUCUUACUU